GCGUUUUGCCACAGAGCCGUAAAGGCGCGCAGGAACAUGGGGCUGUAUGCUGCAGCUGCAGGCGUGCUGGCGGGCGUGGAGAGCCGCCAGGGCUCCAUCAAGGGGCUUGUGUACUCCAGCAACUUCCAGAACGUGAAGCAGCUGUACGCGCUAGUGUGCGAAACGCAGCGCUACUCCGCUGUGCUGGAUGCCGUGAUCGCCAGCGCCGGCCUCCUCCGAGCGGAGAAGAAGCUGCGGCCGCACCUGGCCAAGGUGCUAGUGUAUGAGUUGUUGUUGGGAAAGGGCUUUCGAGGUGGUGGGGGCCGAUGGAAGGCUCUGUUGGGCCGCCACCAGGCGAGGCUCAAGGCUGAGUUGGCUCGGCUCAAGGUUCAUCGGGGUGUGAGCCGGAAUGAGGACCUGUUGGAAGUGGGAUCCAGGCCUGGUCCAGCCUCCCAGCUGCCUCGAUUUGUGCGUGUGAAUGCUCUCAAGACCUGCUCCGAUGAUGUAGUUGAUUAUUUCAAGAGACAAGGUUUCUCCUAUCAGGGUCGGGCUUCCAGCCUUGACGACUUACGAGCCCUCAAGGGGAAGCAUUUUCUCCUGGACCCCUUGAUGCCGGAGCUGCUGGUGUUUCCCGCCCAGACAGAUCUGCAUGAACACCCACUGUACCGGGCCGGACACCUCAUUCUGCAGGACAGGGCCAGCUGUCUCCCAGCCAUGCUGCUGGACCCCCCGCCAGGCUCCCAUGUCAUCGAUGCCUGUGCCGCCCCAGGCAAUAAGACCAGUCACUUGGCUGCUCUUCUCAAGAACCAAGGAUCUUUGCCUUUGACCUGGAUGCCAAGCGGCUGGCAUCCAUGGCCACGUUGCUGGCCCGGGCUGGCGUCUCCUGCUGUGAGCUGGCUGAAGAGGACUUCCUGGCGGUCUCCCCCUCAGACCCGCGCUACCGUGAGGUCCACUACAUCCUGCUGGAUCCUUCUUGCAGUGGCUCGGGUAUGCCGAACAGACAGCUGGAGGAGCCCGGGGCAGGACAACCGAGCCCGGCGCGUCUGCAUGCCCUGGCAGGGUUCCAGCAGCGAGCCCUGUGCCAUGCGCUCACUUUCCCUUCCCUGCAGCGGCUUGUCUACUCCACGUGCUCCCUCUGCCAGGAGGAGAAUGAAGACGUGGUGCGAGAUGCGCUGCAUCAGAACCCCGGCGCCUUCAGGCUAGCUCCCGCCCUGCCUGCCUGGCCCCACCGAGGCCUGAGCACGUUCCCGGGUGCCGAGCACUGCCUCCGGGCCUCCCCUGAGACCACGCUCAGCGGUGGCUUCUUUGUUGCCAUAAUUGAACGGGUCAAGGCGCCAAGGUGAGUGAGUGGGGGGUGUGCUUGGGAGACGCAGGAUGGCACCGGCACAUCUAACAUCUACACUUCUCUAGCUCAGCCUCACAGGCUGAAGCAUCAGCACCAGAAUGCACACCCAGCCCAGCCCCAAAGAGAAAGAAGAGACAGCAAAAAGCCGCAGCCGGUGCUUGCACACCGCCUUGCACAUAGCAGAGGCUCCGGGCUGACUCCUUCCUGGUGGGAAAGGAAGACGCCUGUCCUCUCCGUGGAGGACCCUGGGCCCUCACCGCAGGCAGCACUUUGGGUUUUGAAAGGGUAUUGGGUCCCUUCCUCAGGCUGUGUUCUUGCUGGUGAGCAAAGUGUUGCCUGCAGAAAUAAAAAGCAGAACGUACUCUA